UUGCUGCCACCAAAGACCUUAGCUUGACCUAUUGAUUUAAAGGUCGGCCACCGAUUGCUGACUUGUCAAGCGACCGGCUCCAUCCGUCAGUAGCGUCACUCAGGCGGGCUGCAGAAACCAGCCUCGUACCCGCUGUGCCUCAGCUGUCAGGUUCUAGCUUGGCAACACCAUGGAACAUCUUCGAUGCAUCGCUGGCCUGCUGCUGCUGCUUUGGUACAUCGGGCAGCUGGAGUCGUCUGAGCCCGUCUCGGCGCCUAAACGUAUCAGUUGCGUGAAGUUGUGCCCGAAGGGUCAACGUUGCGAACUACGUCGCCGGUGCUCCCAUGGCUUCUGCUUCGACCACCACCCGGUGUGCGUCAAGUCGCCAGCUCCCGUAAAGAAGCGUCACCCCAGCUGCCAGAACGUCCGCUGCCGCCGACUGCAGACCUGCGUGCUGCGGCAGGUCCUCUGUAUCGGCGCGCCGUGCUACCCCGUGCCGGUCUGUAUUCCCGAUCGGUGCGCUACGGUUCGAUGUGGAACUGGCACAGUCUGUGUGACGGUGAGGAGGUCUCGCUCGCGACCUGCCCUGGCUCGCGACCCUUUAUGCCGAGGUGUGACUCGCAAAUACUUCCCCAGCUGCCAGUUCACUGUCAAAUGCGUGCCACGGGCCAAGCCCAAGCCCGGCUUCUGUCCGUCGCCGAAGCAGGUGUCCCAGGCCAACGGCACCUUCUGCCAGUACGAUAACGACUGCGCAUCCAACCUGCUCUGCUGUCCGGGCGUGUCCAGAGGGGGACUCAACUGCACCGCCCCCGCCUUCCCCGACCCGUGCGCCUACAAAAAAUGCCCUCUGCAUGCACCAACUUGUGUCGCGGGUGUUUGUUUACAUCGGGUGUGCACACCCGGGAACUUCCACUGCACCGGCGGGAAACAGUGCUUCUGUUCUCGAAGUGCCAAAAUAGUUUGUACAGACGUGCCAGCGGCUUCCGGGUGUUGAGUUUUUCAAACAAAUUGUUGCUAUCAGUUUUUUUGAGUGAGAUAUUGAUAAAAUUAAGGAUGCAUUGCAGAUAUAAAAUAUAUUGUCAGC